AUGGCCUCCUUUCAGAUUUCGACGGAACUAUCGUCGAUUCGACUGAUGGCUAAAUCUUCGGCGUUUCUUCCAGCGAUUGUGAAGCACUGGCACAAAUACCUCCUUUCGCAGCUCGACGACGCCGGUGCCUGCUGGGGUGUCGUCACCUCCGGCACGCGCGCACUCGUUGAUGGCUGGCUAGGUGUCAUGAACCUCACGCAUCCGAAAAUGCUUGUUGUCGCGGAGGAUGUCGAGCUGGGCAAGCCCGACCCGCGAUGCUAUCUGCUUGGCCGUAAGCGCCUCGGUCUGGAACAUUCGUCAUCGCUAGUCGUGCUUGAGGAUGCGCCCUCGGGCAUUAGAGCAGGCAAGGCUGCGGGAUUCAAGGUGAUCGCGCUGACGACGACCCACUCCCUGGAGCAACUUCAAGAGGCUGGCGCAGACUGGAUUGUGGAGGACUUGAGAAGUCUUUCGGUCAAGGGCGUGGUUGAUGGACGCAUUCUGUUGGAGAUUCGGGAUGCAUAUCAAUAA